AUGUCGAAAUUGUUCACUCCCCUCCGUAUAGCCGAUGUGACCCUUGCGCACCGCGUGGUCAUGGCUCCUAUGACUCGUUUCCGCACAGAUGAUGAUCACAUUCAAUCUUCUCUGGCUGUGGAAUACUAUUCACAGAGGGCUGCAGUGCCAGGAACCCUGCUAAUCACAGAGUCAACGUUGAUUUCGCCCAGCCACGCGGGUUUCCCUCAUUCGCCCGGUCUCUGGACCGACGACCAGGUAAAGGCAUGGACAAAAGUGGUGGAAUCCGUGCACGCGCGUGGCUGUUAUAUUUUUGCUCAACUGCUUGCCCCCGGUCGUGCGGCGGAUGAAAUGUCCUUGCAGAAAGAAGCCGGUCAUGGUAUCUUGUCCUCGAGCCCGGUGCCGCUGACGGAUAAUGUUCCAAUUCCCACUGCUAUGUCAGAAAGCCAAAUUCACUCCGCCGUGGCUGACUACGUGAAGGCGGCAAAGAACGCGAUGCGUGCGGGCUUCGACGGUGUUGAAAUACACGGGGCAAACGGGUAUCUCCCAGAUCAAUUUUUGCAGGACACAUGCAACCAGAGAUCAGACAGGUGGGGUGGAAAUAUUGAAAAUCGAGCCCGUUUUGCCAUUGAGAUUGCCACCGCCGUUAGUGAAGCUGUUGGUGCCAACAAAGUCGGAUACCGAAUGAGCCCGUGGAGUACGUUCCAAGGAAUGCGAAUGGCCGAUCCUAUUCCUCAAUUCUCGUAUCUUAUUGAGAAGCUGCGUGACUUGAAGCUUGGAUAUAUCCACGUGAUUGAAUCCCGUGUGAGCAACAACGUGGACAUCGAGAAGACUGAAGGCAUAGAGUUCGCCCUAGAAAUUUGGGGAAGGACUUCGCCCGUUCUAGUGGCCGGUGGGUUUUCUCCGGCUUCUGCGAAACACGCGGUCGGCGUUGAGUACUGGAGCCACGAUGUUGCCAUUGUUUUUGGCCGACAUUUCCUUGCCAAUCCUGAUCUCCCGUUUCGAAUCCAGCACGGCCUGGAGCUGAACAAGUACGAUCGGCCUUCUUUUUAUACCCCCAAAGUGAGUACAGGACGGGUGCUGAGUCAGCCCACAAAGCGUGCAAAAUCGUCCGCCGACUCUUUCGGAUUCGACACUCCUCCUACUUCGACGACUAACGACAACAGGGUCAAGAUGAGUCACCGCAAGUACGAAGCGCCUCGCCACGGCUCCCUUGCCUACCUCCCGCGCAAGCGCGCCGCCCGUCACCGUGGAAAGGUCAAGAGCUUCCCCAAGGAUGACCCCAAGAAGCCCGUCCACCUGACGGCCUCCAUGGGCUACAAGGCCGGUAUGACCACCAUCGUCCGUGACCUUGACCGUCCCGGUGCCAAGAUGCACAAGAAGGAGGUUGUUGAGGCCGUGACUGUCAUCGAGACUCCUCCUCUCGUUGCCGUUGGUGUCGUUGGCUACAUCGAGACUCCCCGCGGUCUCCGCUCGCUCACCACCGUCUGGGCUGAGCACCUGAGCGACGAGCUCAAGCGCCGCUUCUACAAGAACUGGUACAAGAGCAAGAAGAAGGCCUUCACCAAGUACGCCAAGUCGCACGCCGAGGAGAAGGGUGCCUCCGUCACCCGCGAGCUGGAGCGCAUGAAGAAGUACUGCACCGUUGUGCGCGUGCUCGCCCACACCCAGAUCCGCCAGACCCCGAUCAAGCAGAAGAAGGCCCACCUCAUGGAGAUCCAGGUCAACGGUGGCUCCGUCGCCGACAAGGUCGACUUCGCCCAGAACCUGUUCGAGAAGACCAUCGACAUCGACUCCAUCUUCGAGAAGGAUGAGAUGAUUGAUGUCAUCGCCGUCACCAAGGGUCACGGUUUCCAGGGUGUCACCUCCCGUUGGGGUACCACCAAGCUGCCCCGCAAGACGCACAAGGGUCUGCGCAAGGUUGCCUGUAUCGGUGCCUGGCACCCUAACCACGUCCAGUGGACUGUGGCCCGUGCCGGUCAGAUGGGUUACCACCACCGUACCUCUUGCAACCACAAGGUCUUCCGCAUUGGCAAGGGUUCCGAUGAGGGUAACGCCUCGACCGAGUUCGACAUCUCCAAGAAGCAGAUCACUCCUCUGGGUGGCUUCGUUCACUACGGUGAGGUCAAGAACGACUUCGUCAUGCUCAAGGGUUCCGUCCCCGGUGUCAAGAAGCGUGUCAUGACUCUGCGCAAGACCCUGUACCCGCAGACCAACCGGAGGGCCACCGAGAAGGUCGAGCUCAAGUGGAUCGACACCUCGUCCAAGUUCGGCCACGGUGCUUUCCAGACCCCCGAGGAGAAGCGCGCCUUCCUGGGUACCCUCAAGAAGGACCUGAUUACUACUGUUUAA